AUGAAAGCUAUUAUUUUCAUCGCUCUUUUAGCAUGCAUUUUAGGUCAACAACCUGAAAUGUUAGAGCAAAUUGCAUAAAAUAGUUUUGGUAGAUAAAUAUUGUAAACAAUUCAAUUAGAACUAACUUAAGAGUAAAAUAAUAUUUAAUAACAUUAGAAAUGCAGCAAGAUAAAUUUACACUAUGCUUAAUAAAUUAUUUUAUGAUCUUAGAGAUGAAGAUGCUCGUUCAAGUAAAGCUAAUGGAGAAAGAUAAGCAUAAUGUUCUGAUUAAUUUACAUAAAUUAAUACAAUCUAAGAAAAAGCUCUUGUUUCUAAGGCUGAUUAUGAAAGAUAAAUACCAGGAAAAUAAGAAGAAUUAACAAAUAAAUUAGCAUAAGUAGAAUAAAAGAAUGCUGAAAUUUAAAGAAAUGAUUAAUUAUAAAUAAACUUUUCAGAAUAAAGAAGAAAAGAACAUUAAUUGUAUGAACAAAAAAGAGAUGAACUUAUUGGUUUAAUAAAUGGUUUAAAAUAAGCAUAAUAAAUUAUAAGAUAAUUGUAAACUUCUCAUCCUGGAGGUGCUCUUGUUUAAUUGAAAGAACAUCAUGAAUAAUUAUGUAUCUAAUAUAUUCUAUUUUAGUAAAAUCAUAUGCUGCCAAUUCAGAAUUUAAAAAUAUGGCAUCAUUAUUAAUGGAAUUAUGUACAGAUAUUAAAAUACAUUCUGAUAAUGAUAAUGUUUAAGUUAUUGUUGAUAUCAUAAAUGACUUAAUUGAAAGUAUUUACGAUGUCUAAAAAAGAGAAAUGUAUGCAGAAGAUUGGGCAUAAAAAUUCUUUGAAUAAGAUUUGUAUUUAUUAUUAUUUAAAUUUAGACUUCGACUUUCUAAAGAAAAUGUUAGAUUAUAAGGUUAAAUUGCUGAUGAUUAAGUUGCUGCUGAAUUUGCUUAAUAAAGAUUAGAAGAUCUAUAAUAAUAAGCUUUACUUUAAUAAAUUAUUUAUGAUAAUAAAGAAGUGGAAAGGAAGUCUUUUGAAGUUGCUUGUAAAGAAGAUAAUAAUGCUGCUGAAUAAGCUAGAGUCUCAAGAAAUGAACAAAUACAAAUUGUACUUUAAUUAUUGGAAUUGUUUGAAAAUAAUUUCAAUGAUAGAACUAGAGCAGCACUUCUUCAAAUUGUUGUAUGA